UCCUCCAGUGGCACUGUGCUGUAAAUGGCCUGCUGCAGCUACAGCUACAAGUCGUGGAGGCAAGAAUGACACCGGCGCUCCCCUACAUCAAGACAACUUGAGCGUAAGAACGGAUUUGUUUCAUUAAUUCCUUUAAGAUAAUAAUAAGAUAUACCAAAACACGAUGGCGCUUAUCCCUGCAUCUUUACGGACACGGUUAGUGGUGGGUGUUUUUUCGUUCAUUGCAAUGUGGGGAUUUGCGCUCUCCAUCACUCGGUACUCUAUUCCGGAGGAAAUGGAAGAGGGUUCCUUUGUUGCUAAUCUGGCCACAGAUUUGGGUCUGGAUGUUCGCAGUUUGGAGGAGCGCAAAGCAAAACUCGAUGUUAUUCACAGUAAAAAUUACCUUGACAUCAACAAAGAUACGGGGGAGCUGGUUAUCCGCGAGAAGAUAGACCGGGAAAGCAUAUGCAUGACUAAAACAACCUCGUGUUUUCUGAAAAUGGAUGUCAUACUUUCAAGCCCGGUUCGCAUUUUUAACAUCGAGCUGGAAAUUAUGGACAUAAAUGACAACGCUCCGGUGUUUCGCAGAAAGACAAUGCACUUAGACAUUUCGGAAGCAACCCUUCCCGGUGAGAGAUUCUCACUGACAAACGCCGUGGAUGCGGAUGUGGGGGCGAAUUCAAUCAAGACCUACUAUCUCAGUGAAAGCAAAUACUUCAGCAUCGACAUCCAGACCGGCAGCGAUGGCUCCAAAUAUGUCGAUUUAGUGCUUAGUGGUAAUUUGGACCGUGAGGAGCAUGCUGUUCACGAUUUAAUUCUAACCGCUGUGGAUGGAGGUGUGCCUCCUCGCUCCGGCACAGCCAGCAUCAUUAUUAACGUUCUGGAUAUCAACGACAACGCCCCCAUAUUCAGUCAGCCGGUAUAUGCAGUCAAUGUCUCGGAGAACUCGGCAGCAGGAACAGUGGUCAUGACCUUAAAUGCAACAGACUUAGACGAAGGCACAAACGCCCAGCUGGUAUACUCACACACACUGUACACAUCGGAGAAGACACAAGAGCUAUUCUCACUUGAUCCAAAUUCAGGUGAGAUCAAGGUGAAGGGGGUGAUCGAUUAUGAAGAGAGUCAGAGUUUUGAGAUGCACAUACAGGCACAGGACAGAGGGACGAACCCUCUGUCCGGGCACUGUAAAGUUACAGUGUUUGUGACGGAUCUGAAUGAUAAUUACCCUGAAGUGACCAUCAAGUCUCUGAAAAGUUCGCUGACUGAGGAUGUCGCUGUAGGGACGCUGAUUGCAGUGGUCAGUGUGAGCGACAGGGACUCUGGAGCCAACGGAGAAGUGGAGCUCUCUCUAAAUAGGCAAGAAACAUUACCAUUUCUCUUAAACAAGUCCUCUGAGGGUUACUUUGAAAUGCUAGUGUCAAAACCACUGGACAGAGAGGUAAUAAGCAAAUAUGACAUCAUACUGAGAGUGACAGACAAAGGUGUGCCACCCUUAUCUGAAAAUGAAACCAUCACUUUGGAGAUACUGGAUAUCAACGACAAUGCACCUACAUUCUCCCAGUCGUUCUAUACAAUCCAUGUCAUGGAGAAUAAUCCACCGGGGGCAUUAUUGACAUCUCUGAGUGCAUUUGACCCAGAUCUGAAUGAGAACCAGUACUUGGUUUAUUUCAUAAUGGAGAAAGAAAUCGUUAACACUUCUAUGUCGAUGUUGUUUUCUAUCAAUCCUGAGAAUGGUGAUCUUUAUGCCCUGAAGACCUUUGAUUAUGAGAGAGAAAGGGACUUUCUUUUCCACAUUGAGGCAAGAGACUCUGGUGUUCCCCCGCUGAGCACCAAUUGUACCGUGCAUAUUAUUAUUCUGGACCAAAAUGACAACACCCCUGUCAUAGUGUCACCUUGGCGCGCACAGGGCUCUGUUGUAGAGGAGGUGAUACCGAGGUCGACUGAUAAGGGACAUUUGGUGGCCAAAGUGAUCGCCAUUGAUGCAGACUCUGAGCAGAACGCCAGAGUCACAUAUCAGCUACUUCAGAUCAGCGAUUCAACCCUCUUUAGCCUGGAUCAGUACAACGGUGAGAUCCGGACGACAAGGAUGUUUAGUUACAGAGAUCCAAGACAACAGAGGCUGGUAAUUGUUGCCAAAGACAAUGGUCAACCUUCUCUUUCUGCUACUGUCACCAUCAAGAUAUCAACAGUGGAACAUGCAAUGGCCUUUUCAGAGACUACAGAGCUUCCGCUAGACUAUGACAUGUUCACUGACCUAAACCUCUACUUAGUCAUCGGUUUAGGAGCCGUGUCCUUUCUGCUACUGAUAACCAUCUUAGUUAUUAUUGUGCUCAAGUGUCAAAAACCAAAGCCAAAGGCCAUCAAGAUCCCUCCAGCCAAUAGAAAUAGCGUGAUCAGCAGGAACAGCGUGAUCAGCCAGAGAAGCUCCACUAUCGCAGAUUCCACGCUGAUCUCCAGCGAUGCCUACUGGUACAGCUUGUUCCUCGCAGAGACCAGGAAGGGCAAAGUGGUUGUGAGACAGCCCAUAAUUCCCAAAGGAGCUGGGUAUUUUGUUUCCAGCAUACCCAGGAGCAUAGGGCCAAGUGAGACCACAGAUUCCAGAGCAUCAACACUGGAGCUGGACCUGCAGAGUAAACUGAAUCGAGUGAUCCGCUGAAUGAUCAACAUGAAUAUGCAUGUUGUACGGGGGCAUAUGGAGGGAAAGAGACAAACACCCAUGUAUGAUGUGGAUGUAUUGUGAGCCAGGGGCCCAGAAGAGAACUGCCAUGAUAUAAUCAUCUCUUCAUGGGAGUCUUUGGCUAAAAAUCUUCCCUGUGACUCACAAAGAAGAUGUAAAAAAAAAAAAAAAAAACCAACAGAAACAAAAAAAAAACCAUCUGCUAGUCCCUCUGCUCCAGCUGUUCUUUCUCUCUACUUCCUCCAUUGACCACUAACCACCUCAGCCUUCCAGCUUUGUUAAUCUUUUAAGCAUGAAUCUGCAUGAUUCUACAACUAAGUAUUCAGACAACAAUUUGAAAUAGUUUCUGGCAGGAUAUGUGGACAUUACUGAGCAGACCUCAUGUCAUAAAUCAUUCCCUCCAUGAUGUUCUGAAACUUUUAAAUAGACAGUUUUGCCUUUUUUUCACCAGAGUUUAAGCUGAGUGUUGUAGUUGUAGAAACCUUCAGUACUUUGCAAUAUUCUUAAGUUCAAGUCAGGCAGCAUUUCAUAUAAGCAAGAGUUCAAAAUAUGCCUAAUCCUAAAUAUACACGUGAAUCAGGGUGAAUAUGCUUCUUCCAUAAUUCUGAUAUAACAUAACUGUAGCUGGUUAUGUCACUGAUUCAGCCUUUUUGUCUUGUUUCUUUCUCAUUUUUUAAUAAAACGUUUCUACUCUAUUAUGGGUCUUGCUGUUUAGUAAGAUUCAUAUACUUUUAGUUAAGCUGUUUUCACACAUGUGCUCCAGAAAAUAUUGAGAGAAUUACCGAAGGACAUUUUCUACAAUUGCCACAUGUAGCACGCAAAAGGGGAAUAGUCGGUGUCAGAUGCAUUCUUAUUACCGGAUAGACGAGAGUGCUGCCUUGGCGGAGUGUGCAGAAAGCACACUUGCUGUGAAUUCACUGGGCAAUUAUCUGCUCUAGUCUCAAAUGGGUGCAUUCAGAUGUUACAUGGUGUUUUUACUAGAGAGCUGGCAGGGUAAAGACCGUUAAACGUCCAGAAUGACAUUUGCUUUCUCACAUAGAGCUCUGCUAGUUAAUGCUGAGGAAAGUUUACGCCCACGGUGCAAGUGUGAAAACAGCUGUAGUGAGUUUCUAAGAAAAAGAGCAAAAAAAAAGGAUUUUAUUCCAUUUUAAAUUUUUUAAACAAUAUUUGUUGUACUAGAGAAGUUCUGAAUGUGUCAAAGUGAUGAAUAAGAAUGAAAGACAAGAAAACUAAAAAAAAAACACAUUAUAGGUGAUACAUUGUUUCUCUUUUCAUUUGAUUGUAGAUAGAUUAGUCGUAUAGGGACGAUUACAAAAGUUAACUAACAACAGAUUUACAUUUUCUAUCUGACGUGUCGCAUCAUACACAAAAAUAUUGAACUUCCUCAAUUUUCAUUUUCACAGUGUAGUUUGAGCCUGUCUCCUUACGUUGUACUAAGCCAGGGGGUCUGGAGGAGGUGUGUGCUCACACCUCUUUUUUUUUUUUUAACUGAGGUACUCACAGAGUGGGGUGAGGCCAGAGUGGGGGACAUGUACAACUCUCAGACACAAUGAACCGUAUUUUUAAAAACACAAUCAAAUAUCAAAUGUCAGUUUAACUGUCUGUAAGAAGAUUUGCUUAUUACAAGCUAUCAUCUCUUCGGGCUCAUUUCCCUAAAAGUUGACCGUUCAAAUAAUAACUGUGUUCACUCAUUGCACAAAGUGCAAAUUGAAUAAUUUAAUAUGAAAACAAAGGAAUAAUAUAGAGCAAGUAUAUCCAAAUGUAUUUAUCUUUGCCAGGGUACAAAGGGAUAUCAGGUACAGGCAAGGCAAUUUAGGAAUAUUAUUGUUUUUAUAUAUUUUUUGGUAGUAACUUUUAAUGCUGCUUUUGUGAGCUUCUUUGAGGGCAUUUUUUGUUGCAUAUUUGUAGUUUAGUGUACGUGAUGUUGUUUUGAUGGUGUACAUAUUAAUAUAUAAAUAAUAAAACUAGAAUACUUCUCUUGACCUCAAAAGUAGCGCUGUUGCACUACGAAUAAGCCCAGGACUUUCAUGACUCAGAAACAAGGAGCUUAUUAACACCACUUAUUAGGGUGCUAAUUGAUCAAAUGUAACUGUAUGUGGUAAAAGUAUUGGAUUAUGAGAAGAAGAGCGCAGUGUUAAUUAUAGUCACAGCAUUAAAGUGCAGACUCUGCAAGUUCAGAAAUCUGCUGAACCCAUACGUGGAGCGUGAAAAGCAUUAAGCAGAUGCCAGCACUUUGAAUCUGAAUCUAAAUGUGAUCGGAGCACUCCCUUCAGUAAUGCAGUGAAGGUAGAAGAUUUCAGGAAGUAUCAGUCUUCACAUUUAGAGUCAGUGAAAUUGAACCUCUCUUCCUCUCUUUUACUGUUGCACCAGGCUUCCCAGACAUAAACACAUCUGUCUGGCUGUCUGUCAGGCUAACGAUGUCACGUAAUAAGCGAUUUCUCGCUGUGAAGAACGUUUUAUAUCUUUAAUUCAUGCCUGAACCAAUUUGAACAGUGUUUAAAAUGAUUUUUUAAAAAUUGCACAUACGAUGAGCUCUUUGUGUGCCUUCUGCAUUGUAAAAGAUAAACAUGACUGUUGAUGAAUGAAAUAAUGGCAUUCCACUAGUAUUACAAAUUACACUGACACCCAUGAUACAAUACCUUGAAUUUCUCGUUGGGUGGGGCUCAGCCUUUUGGUUUCAGAGCAGGUUUUCAGUUAAAAACAAAGAAACAAACAAAAAAAGCAACAAAAAAAACAUGCAUUUACUGUAAAAUGAACUGCUUUAUACUUUGUGUUUUUUCUACAGUAGACUUUUUUGAUAUUUUCUGUAUUCACUGUGACUGAAUGGCACAGGAGGUGCUUGUGCUCAGUAUUGUAAACGUGAGUAAUUCUCAUGCGUACACAGCUCAGUUUUUUUUUACUUUUCUCUUUCUCGCUUAUUUGCCAGUCAGAUUGUACAGUAUGCUUUGAGAGUCACAUCAAACGUUAGCCACUUCCAUCCCAUUUAAUGGAUCAAAGACAGUAUGGGUGAGAAUGGUCUUGCUUUGUUUUCAAGUCUAGUCAAUCGUCAGAUUUUGAUGUUGCUUAUUUGGCUUAAAUGUUCUGCCUGAUCAUGCUAGUUUGAAUAAAGCUUUUUAAUCUGUC